UCUUUCAAGCUGUUCUUGAGGUGAUACUGUAAUUUGGAUCCUCAGGCUCCUCCACGGACAUGAUGAAGAUGUGGUUCAGGAUGGCUUCGUUGAUGAAUAUAAAUACAUAACAAAAAACUGUAGGCUUAUCAGUCUUUCUUCGUUUUCUCCCUCUUACAGUCUUAUCCGCCCUUCCAGGCCUGUCCUGCAGCAGAAAUUCGCAUUAUCGAUCCCACCAGUUUCUCUGACCUACUACCUCAGACAUGGUCAUCUUCAGCAACGCUUCUCGCUUCGGCGUACUCACACUGGCGUCAAUUCUCGCUGUUCAUAAGGUCAAUGCACACGGGCAAAUUAAAGGUGUACUGGCGAACGGUAUUUACAACGACGGUCCUAAUAUCUACUGGGAUGCAGACCCCGUGAACGAACAGACCGCCACUAGAAAAAUGUACCAAGCUGCAGGCCCAUCUUAUGUACUCCCUCAGGACUUCUCUGAUAACUCUAAAAUGGCUUGCGAAGGUGCUGCAGGUGCACCUAAAAUCAUCAACGUCUCUGCAGGCAGUGAUUUGAGGGUCGACUGGGUUGGAGCGACCAGCGAGCUCGAUGGCAAGCCAGGGACUGGGAACGUUCCGGCAGGUCAAAACCCUUGGGUCCACGCGAUGGGUACCAUGGCGUCCUACAUCGCUAAAUGCACCAACGAUGACUGCACUACCUAUGAUGCCUCUCAAGGCUCCUGGGUUAAGCUCGCUAUGUUCGGGAUUGAUAAAUCGGAAACUAUAUCAAGUGGUCUACGCGAGACGAUGAAGAACAAGCCUGAAGAAUACUACCCCACGCCUGGAACCAGUGGUCUUUGGGGCAUGGCUCGAUUUAUUGAGGCCAGUUCCUCCUGGACUGUCACCAUACCGAAAGGUCUUGCCAAUGGACAAUAUAUCAUUCGCCAAGAAGUGGGAGCGAUUCACAAUCCUUGGAAUGCUCAAGAUGAUACCUCUGGCACUCAGCUAUAUAUUGGUUGCAUUCAGAUCAAUGUUAUAAAUGGUGGUAACACGAAACUGCCCGGGGGAACGAGAGCAGGAUCCUUAUACGCAACAAAUGGUGCUUUCGCUAGAUACAACGUCUACGAAGAUAAUGGCAUGACCUUCGUUGACCCUGGUCCAGUUCUCUGGCCUUCCUCUUAUGCGAAAAGGGAGGAAUAGAGGAUGAAGAAGGUGAAGAGGUGUAUGAAGCACUAGUAGGAAUCAAACCUCUGGUCGACGACCCUUCUCUCACUGGAAUUGCUCUAUGUAUCUUUGCCAACAAGUGUUGUUUUUCCAUCAAUAUCGAAACCGUCAACUGGGCCUCCCCUCCCCCUCCUAGUCAUUGAAAUGUACAUUACAGUAAUAUUGUUGAUAGUUUGUUAUACAUGUUUUACUCGAUAAGGAUAUGUAGUUAAGUCCUCGUUCAAGUACCUAGGCAUCAACGCCAAGGUGCACUUGGGAGAA